UUAGUACCCCUAGAAUGGCAACAAAAAGAGGUCACAUAGACAUUGAUCCUGAUUAUGAAGAUGUAACCCAGGCUCAGAGCAAAAGACAGAAAGUUCUGGAAGAGGAUGCCAAGGAAACAACAAGAAAGAAAAUAGACCUGAUUGUAAGAAAAGAAUUUCACCAAGAAAUCAAGAACAAAGAGAAGGAGUUAGACUGCAUUGACCAGAGUCUAAGACAUAGCCAGAUGAUGAUGGACAGGCUGCGAGCCUGUAUCAUUGCUAAUUACUAUGGAGCAGCAGGUCAACAGAGACAUAUCAAGGGUGAUCCCCAGCAGAGUGCACCCAUACACCCAACAGUCAAGGACACCCUGGGAAAGCGACCUCUCAAUGUCAAGGUCAAAGUGGAACCAAAAGUAGAAGGAGACACCACAGAGAAACUGAUUAUGAAGCAGGAACCACAGGAAGAGAAAGAGGAGGACAAGAUGAUCAAGGAGGAGCCAUCUUUGAGUGGAAUAACAAAUAGAUCUGAUCGAUUCAAAGUCAAGAAGAGAAUUGUGAUAGGGAAUGUAUCAAAGUAUAUUCCGGUGGAUAGAAGAGACGAGAAUGACCAAUCAACUCACAAGUGGAUGGUGUAUGUCAGGGGCCCCAAAGGGGAGCCCAAUAUUGAUCACUUUGUGAAAAAAGUCUGGUUUUUCUUGCACCCCAGCUACAGACCUAAUGACCUAGUUGAAGUGUCACAACCACCCUUUCAUCUGACACGGCGAGGCUGGGGAGAAUUUCCUGUCCGAGUGCAGCUGUACUUUCAGGAUUCAAGGAAUAAGAAAGUAGACGUCAUUCAUCAGUUAAAGCUUGACAGAACUUACACUGGUCUGCAGACUCUUGGAUCUGAAACGGUGAUAGAUGUUGAGCUGGAAAAGGAGAUAGAAUUAAAAUCUUCAAAUAGAGUCCUUUGUAAUGGUUCUUCUUCAACUUUGGUGGGGAAGGAAUCAAAUGUAACAAUCAAAGAACAUUUAUCCCCCAUCAAGAAGGAAUUUAAACAGGAACAAUCUUCACCAUUAUCAACUCAAUCAAAAACAUCCAAUAAAAAUCUCAGCAAUUCAAAAAAUACUUCUCCAUUUUCUCCAAGCAGCAAGCAAGCCAAUAUGACCUUGACCUUGGGAACUCUUGGAUCCUUGACUUCUCAUAGCAUUAACAAGACUGGCACUGUAGAGGCAGGUCACAGUAGAAGUCCCAUUAAUGGAGUGAAACAACAGUCUGUGCACAGUUCUACAAGUGUCUCGGAUAGUUCUGGCUCCAAGCAUUCCUCAGAAUUACAGAAAAUGCUUCUCCAAAGUACACCACCCAGUGUGACAAAGACUUCUACUACAGGAAAUGUUCAGUUGACUCACAUAGUUCAGGUCUCUAGAGGAGCACAGAUAAGCAAUACAAGUAAUGUGAAGUCUGCCAGUGCAGGGAAAGCAAAUCCGCAGCAGGUUAAAUCUCUUCAAAAUUCUAGUGCUGGUGUCAUCUCAGCUGGAAUUCGCCCACCCUCAGCCAAUCAAAUUUCAACGCCUUCUAAUCAAACAACGCUUACAACUGCUACCCCAGGUACACCAAACCCAGCACAGACUCUGUAUAUAAGGUGCAAAGACAAUCAGGGAAAUAUAUUCCUUGUGCCUCAUCAUCUGUUAAAAACUGUCCCUGGAACACCAGUUGCAGGCCAGCCAGUAAACAACCAGGCAGCAAAAGGAACUGUUCCAAGUCCUCAAACAACCCCCACCAAAGGAACUACACAGAAACCAGUUCAAACACAAAGUACAAUAGCAGUGGUAAACACUCCCACAAGUACUGUUACCUCUAGUCCAUCAAAGAUACAGAAUUCCACUGUAACAAUGAAGCCAGUUGGUCAAAACCAGACAGUGCAUCAUCAGUCAGCAGGAGCUAAAGCUGUGUUUCAAAAACCCGUUGUGCAAAAUUCUCAGUUAUUAAUCAGAUCCCCUCUACCUGUAUCUAAAAACAGUCUCUCUCCAUUAACCGGUGGCCCAAGCCCUGUCCUUCUGAUAAAAACUGAGGUUAAUCCUGUGAGACCCUUACUUACUGUUGGCCAGUCUGCCACUAAAGUGUUGGAUAAAAAUGGAAAAGAAGUUCCUCAACCAAGUCAGUUACAGCUCCACUUACAGGGUCAGAUUGCCCAGAACCAGCUAAAAGUGACCAGUCAAGGACUCAAGUCGGUUCAACCUGCUGGAAAGAGCAGGGUCAGCAAAAAAGUGGAAACAUUAGCUCUCAUCCAAAAAACAGACUGCAAUGUGGAAAACAAAAUUCCCAGCAAGACAUGUCAGUUAGCUUCUUUAUUAAGAGGAGACAUAGCAGCAGCCCAUAGAAAUGCAGUCAAACAAGUGUCUCAGGCUACAGAAUCCAACACAACCUCUACUCAAGUACUGACUAGUCAGCGCACUACCCCACAAAAUUUCCUAGUGCCAGUAACAGUGGGGGCUCCUAAAGAUACCCCCACCUCAGUGGUAGGGAUAAAACCAGCCCUAGUGAAAAACAGUGAAGAUGCUUCAACCUCUGGACACCAAGGAAUCAAGCUUAUACAAACUCCAAUUAAUGUGCUACCACAAGCUGUCCCAGUUUCUGUGCCCCCUAAAACUAUGCAUUCUGUUAUUCUUAUUAACGAAGAUGCCAAAAAAGUGCCUGGAAUUCAACUUCCUUCUAAAAAUAUCAGUGAUAGUCAUUCUACACAGAAUAGUGAAAAGGUGAUGCUCACCUCAAGUGUGAAAACCACAGCCGCUAGAUUGACACCAUCCACAAACUUAACGAAUGCCUCGGUGAAUCUUACCAAACAGGUGUCAAAGACAAAUGAUCUACCUGCAGGACAGGUGACAGGAGGCAAGGAACAAGUGAAGACAGUGAUAGCUAAGAUUGGGAUGCAGACUCUGUUGCUACAGCUUCCUGUGUCAGAUUCUGAGGCUGUAAACAAAUCCCAGGAAGUGUCAAAGGUCAACAAGCAAGUUCCUAAAAAAGUGGGGAUCCCCUCCAAUGCAGCACUUAUAGAGAGUCUCAAGAAACAAGCCGUGGAGAAAGAGAAGAAAUUAAAGGAAGCAGCCAGGUUGUCCUACAUUGAUAGGAAGCUGGGAUUGCCUGUAAAGAUGGGUGAUUCACAGGAGAAGAGAAUUCACAAGUGGAAGAAAAAAACACCCGCAGAAAAGUUACUUACUUCUUCCCAGAAACUUCUUCAAGAUGACCCAACACCUGUGAAGGAUAUUGAGCCACUUUGUGUUGAAAAUUAUCCAGACGUUCAAUCGUUGGUCAGAGCAGCCAUAAAGAGACACCCAAUUGUCUCCCCCUCUGCCAAUAUCCAUCAGCAUCCAUAUUGUGCAAAAACAUUGGAACAGUGGUUGGAGUGGAAUGUAGGCAAAAGGUGGGCAUCAGAGUGGCAGAGAGCUGUGGCAUGUCAAAAAUAUUUAAAGGAGUUGUUAGAUGGUGAUCAGUUUAAAGGGAACCAGUUGUGGUCUGUGAAGAAGAUCGUCUGCUGGUGUCGUCUGCAUGCUUAUAGUCCGCAUUACAUGGAGAAGACCCUGCAUCCAUCAGGCGUGGAGUUUCCUAUGAAGGAGAUGAGGAUGGGAGAGAGAUUCUGCUCAGCAACGGACAGCUACGAGACGUUGACGGAAGUCGAUCAGAUUAACAGUAAACGGAGGACGGAGAGUUUGUCCGAGGAUGAGGUGGAUAUCAUAUCAGAUGAACCCCCCAAACCAAGGAUAAAGCUUGAGCCUCAGGAGGAGAUAACUGACCCCAAAGAUCCUGUCAUUCUGUCAGCCUCAGCUAAUGCUCGCUUUGUUCAGGAUCUGACUCAAAAGAUUGGAGUUAAAUUUGAACCCUCUCCUGUACUUGAUGAUGUUUAUAGUUCUGUAUCUGAGGAUGUUUUAUAUAAGGCAAUGUUGUGCUUUGUUGAGGACAUUAUAACUGAGUCAUUCGCUUUCAAAGUUAACAUGGGCAGGUAUCCUGAUGGUAUUGGGGUUACAGAUGUGUAUAAGGCUCUGUCUGUCCUCCCACAAGCCGACUUCUUAACGAACAAACACCUGGGGGUCAAGGACGUAACCAGGUGACACAGGUGAUACACGGUCCAGGUGACACAGGUGGUCCACUGUCACACGUUUUAGAGAUCUUUAAGACAUAUCAUUUAUAUACAUGUAUACGUAAAAUACUGAGCAUGAUCACAUUACUGCAGUAUACCAGUCUUCUUUAGAUUGUUGCCAUGAAAUUUUAUUGUUGACUUGUUGUUACAUAGAGACAGAUGUUAUUUAUGUCUAGACCUCAUAGCUUUCUGGGGCAUUGUUGACUGUUUAUAAUGAAUGCUUUUUCACCAAAAAAUUUAAAUUUUUUAUGAUUUUAAAUAAACAAAAUUUCCCGAUGUAUGGAAUUUCUGACAAUAGGGAAGAAUUUAUGUCUAAUGUUUCCUGUCAGCAAGGAAUAUUAUGUUGACUCUGAUGGAGAGAUUCAUACAUUGAACUACUGAAAACAAUGAUCUGUAUCUAGUUAGAGUACUACUGUCUUGAAUCUGGCCUGUAUCUAGUUAGAGUACUACUGUCUUGAGUCUGGCCUUUUUAGUGAGAGUCUCUACCCCAUGUCUCAAUAAGGAGGAGACAACUCUUUGUACUAGAAAAAUAGAAAUUAGGUCAUCUUCAUAAGUGACGUAUUACAGUCCUUUCCAGUAUAUAAAACAUAAAACACUUAAGGAUUUAAAACACUUGUUCACUGAAAAAUUUGUUGAUGAUUACAGGACAAGUCUACAUUAUUACCCUCCUAAGAAGUUUUGAGGAGGGGGUGCCAGUAGUGUAGAGGGUUUAAGUAUGUUGCAUUCUCAGUGAAUUGUUGUAUGAAAUUUUUAUUAAAAAAGGUGAUAUUUAUA